AUGGCCAGCAAGUUUGGCAACGACGCCAAGUGGGCGCUGCUGAUGCCGGUCAUCGCGCUGGUCAACAUGACGGUCUUCAUCUCCCAGUUCUCUGCGGUGUCCACCCUCGCGAAUGAGUCGCUGCCCUCAAUGGCGAGGGAGGGGCUGGCCUGGUUCCCGGACCUGACGGUGCCGGACCCCCUGUGGGGCCUGCCCGUGCUGUGCACGGCGAUGACGCUCGCGCUGGUGGAGAGCGGCGCGAUGGGCGCGGAGAUGGGGCAGGCGCAGACAGCCAAGACAGUCAAGUGGGUGAUGCGCGUCGUGGCCGUCAGCUUCGUGCCCUUCGGCGGGUUUGUGCCGGCCGCUGUUGGGCUGCUGUGGUCCAGCAACAGCGUGUUCAGCCUGGCGCAGGCGGCUGUGCUGCGGCACAAGGGGCUGCGGGAGCGGCUGGGCCUGCCCAGCCUGGCGGCCAUGGCGGCGGCCUCGCAGGCAGCCAAGGCAGGCGCCCCGACCUCAGAGCUGGCGGCCAAAUUCAAGCAGCUGGUGGGCGCGGCGCCGGCGCAGGCUGCAACGGCAGCGGCGGCAGCUGGAAAUGACGCGGCGGGGGCGACAGCGGCGGCGGCGGCGGCGGCAGGGGCGGCGGGCGGUAGGGGGGCUGCAGCGGCUGUGCCGCCGCCCCCCGGCACCCGGCCAUCUCGUAUUGUGAUGCAGAAGCCGCGUGGCUGGAAGCCCCGGAAAAGCUAG